CUGAACAUCUUUUUGAGUCAGGUGCUCAUCAGCUCCAUGUUGUGCAGAGUGUUUUUCCAGCCGUGCUCUGAACAGCUGACAGCAGAAGAAGGCCAGCUGAUCUAUUUAUAGUAGAGUCCCUCAGAGACUCAGACGGGAUCUGUCACAGUCCUGCAGUGCUGCACACUGUCACGCCAACACCACCGACACCUCCAACAUCUUUGUCAUGCCCGGGAGCCAGGCCCGGUGCCGGGCCAGAGACCGGAGCAAUGUUCUGAACCGGCCUGAGUUUCUGUCCUUGAACCAGCCCCCCCGCAGGGAGCAGAUGGCGGGGGAGGGGCGGGCAAGUAGUGGUCCAAGGAAAGUCUCGUCCAGACAGCAGAGUCAGCAGGAGGACGCAGGACUGAGGGCAUCCAGGGACUCAUCAGAGGGAGGCUCAGCAGCUGAUGGGGGGGCAAAGGAGGCACCUCGCUGGCCCGAGCAGGACUGUAUGCAGCUGAACCCAUCAUUUCGAGGCAUUGCCAUCAACUCCCUGCUGGCCAUUGACAUCAGCCUGUCCAAGCGUCUGAGUGUGUGUGCAAGGCCCCAUGGCCCUGGAGCCCCAAUCCGCUCUAUGGUGACCCUGCUGGCCCUCAGUGGACAUGCCCUCCUCUGGCUCUGCGGGACCCUGAUCUGUCUGUGGAGGAGCAACACGCUGGCUGGACAGGAAGUCCUUGUCAACCUGCUGCUGGCGCUGAUCCUGGAUCUGAUGACGGUCGCUGGGAUGCAGAAGUUGGUGAAACGCAGAGGACCGUGGGAUUUCCCUCCAGGGUUUUUGGACUACGUUGCCAUGGAUACAUAUUCUUUCCCAGCAGCCCACGCCAGCCGAGCUGUCAUGCUAAGUCUGUAUGACAUCACUGUUGGCAUCGAUGUUCAACUCCUUACACGCACUGACAAACGGAGACAGAACUUGAUGCAGACAUAG